AUGGAGAAACAGGAGAUAGGCGUUCCUGCGGCCUCUUUGGCAGGAAUAAAACAUAUUAUACUGAUCCUUUCCGGAAAAGGUGGUGUCGGUAAAAGUUCGGUAACUACGCAGACUGCGCUGACCCUUUGCAGUACGGGCUUUAAAGUUGGAGUUUUAGAUAUUGAUUUAACUGGGCCAUCCUUACCGAGAAUGUUUGGCCUAGAGAAUAAAUCUAUUUACCAAGGUCUUAAUGGUUGGCAACCCGUGGAAGUGGAAACUAAUUGCGCUGGUUCUCUUAGUGUAAUAUCAUUGGGGUUUUUGCUAGGCGAUAGAGGGAAUAGUGUGAUAUGGAGAGGGCCCAAGAAGACUUCUAUGAUAAAACAAUUCAUCUCCGACGUCGCCUGGGGUGAAUUGGAUUACCUACUAAUCGAUACCCCUCCAGGAACAUCAGAUGAACAUAUUUCGAUUGCAGAGGAGCUGAGAUAUUCCAAACCGGAUGGUGGUAUUGUAGUGACUACCCCACAGAGUGUUGCAACAGCUGAUGUCAAAAAGGAAAUUAAUUUCUGCAAAAAGGUUGAUCUAAGAAUCCUUGGUAUAAUUGAAAACAUGUCAGGGUUUUUAUGCCCGCACUGUGCAGAAUGUACAAAUAUCUUUUCUAGUGGAGGUGGCAAAAGAUUAUCCGAACAAUUUUCUGUCCCAUAUCUAGGUAACGUUCCUAUAGAUCCAAAAUUUGUUGAAAUGAUUGAAAAUCAAGCUUCAAGUAAAAAGACGCUUGUAGAAAUGUAUAGAGAGUCGUCUCUUUGUCCUAUUUUUGAAGAAAUAAUGAAGAAACUGAGGAGACAAGACAUUACAACUCGUGUUGUGGAGAAACACGAUCAACCUCAAAUAGAUUGA